UGUGUAGAUCGUCACAUGUUGUCUCACCCUCUUCGUCCCGGACACCAGCAGACAUGUGUUAUUUAUUGCUCGGCUGUGGGAGAAGACGAAUGAACGUAAAACCGGCUCUGGAAGUAGAGGAUUAAAAUAAAGCGCGUCGUUUAUUUUACAACUAGAGGAACGGAAGCAUUGUGUCUGAUUAGAGGAGGACGCGAGAAUGGCGAGUCCGCCGAACACGGGUGAUCAGACAUUAUUGACCAGCAAUGCGAACAGCGGCAUCAAGAAAUGCGGAUACCUAAAGAAGCAGAAACACGGACAUAAGCGCUUUUUUGUUUUAAAGGAGCCAAGCGAAGGUUUCCCUGCCCGGCUGGAAUACUACGAGAGUGAGAAGAAAUGGAAAAACAAAUCGGCCCCGAAGAGAGUUAUCCCUCUGGACUUCUGUCUCAAUAUCAGCAAGAGGGCAGACGCAAAAUACAAAUAUCUUAUUGCGCUUUAUACCAAGGAUGAGUAUUUUGCCGUGGCGACGGAAAACGAGCAGGAACAGGAGAACUGGUACCGGGUGCUGACGGAUUUAAUGGCAGAAGGGAAAGUAUAUGACGGGUCCGCGUCUAACUCUGCGUCCUCGCUGGUUGGCUACGACGAGUCGAGCUACGGUGUAAUAACGCCGGUGACCGCCGCCUACAAGGAGGUAUGGCAAGUAAAUCUAAAAUCCAAAGGUCUUGGACAGAGCAGAAAUUUGACAGGGGUGUACAGGCUGUGUCUUUCCAGCCGGACUAUCAGCUUCGUCAAGCUCAACACUGAGGUUGCCUCAGUCAUCUUACAGCUGAUGAAUAUCCGGAGGUGCGGCCACUCUGACAGCUUUUUCUUCAUCGAGGUUGGCCGAUCUGCAUCCACGGGUCCGGGAGAACUGUGGAUGCAGGCGGAUGACUCUGUGGUGGCUCAAAACAUCCACGAAACUAUCUUGGAGGCCAUGAAAGCCAUGAAGGAGCUGUCGGAAUUCCGUCCGCGUAGCAAAAGCCAAUCAUCUGGUACAAACCCCAUUUCUGUACCCACGCGGAGGCACCUGAACAAUCUACCCCCAAGCCAGACCGGGCUUCCCCGGCGAUCACGUACUGACAGCAUGGCUGCGACCUCUCCUGUGAGCAAAUGCUCUUCUUGUCGAAUACGCACGGCGAGCGAGGGUGAUGGCACCAUGACACGCACAAUGUCAGUCACUGGGAGCCCCCUUAGCCCAGGAGUCCACAGGACCCUCCUGAGCAGAUCUCACACCAUUACUGCACGUCCUUCUCUGACGUUUGAAUCUUCUACUCUCCAGCACAGUAAGUCCAUGUCUAUGCCCCUGUCUCAUUCUCCACCAGUGACCACCAUUUGUCCAGGCCAUACAUCUUCCUGCCAAGAUAGUGGUGCCCCUCGCCCCUCCAGCUGCAGUGCAUCCUUCUCAGGCUCCCCAAGCGAUGCUGGCUUUAUAUCAUGUGAGGAAUAUGGCUCUAGCCCUGCAGAGGCGCGAGACCUCAGGUUACCGCUUACACUCCGCAGCAACACUCCAGAGUCCCUCAAAGCAGACACCCCCCCUUCUCGGGAUGGCAGUGAGCUUGAUGGCUACAUGGUGAUGGAGCGUCAGAGUCAGAAUGGUUACCGGUGGUUACCAGAGCUUGACAAGGUGUAUCGAAAGCGCACAUACUCCCUCACUACCCCCCGCCAGCAGAGGGUUCCCCCCCAAGUAUCUUCAGCCUCCCUAGAUGAGUAUACUCUCAUGAGGGCAACAUACACCAGUGGAACCCAGCCUUCUCGCAGGUGUCACACUGCCUCCCCUAAAGGGAGAAGUCUGGAAGAUUGCAGAGAUAUUCAAAUUGGUUCAAAUGGUUAUCAAGGUGACAGUGGCUAUAUGCCAAUGAUGCCUGGUGUUGCCCCUCUGACACCUGGGUCCAAGGAUGACCCCUACAUGCCCAUGAGCCCCAUGUGUGUAUCUGCUCCAAAGCAAAUCAUCAACCCUCGUACACACUCCUCUUCAGUGGGGCUGGCUUCACGCACACACUCCCCAUUGGGUGUUUCUCUGGAGGACAGUGGGUACAUGCCUAUGUGGUGUGGAACCAAGAUGUCAGUGGAGAGCAAUGAUGGAAAGCUUACGAAUGGAGAGUACCUGAACAUGUCUCCCAUUGACACACAGGUGUCUCUUACACCCCCGGACUAUAUUCUCAGUCCUACUGGAGAUCCCAGCCUUCAGCCAAGCCACAGGCAGCCUUAUUCUUGCAAUUCUCUACCACGAUCACUUAAAGGACAUUUGCAGCGCAGUGGGUCCACUGACAAGGACCAGUAUGUGGUGAUGAGUUUACAAAGACAACGGAUAGAAGAGGAGUCCAACCAUUGUCCUGUCUCUUCAGGAGAAUCUGCAACCAGCAGCUCUCUGGGAAGACCAGCCACUCCAUCUUCUACUCCAUCUCCUCUCAGAGUGGCUUGGAUAGAUGGAGGUCUGGUACACCGGAGUAGGGUCUGUCGGCCUACCCGUCUGGCUCUGGAAUCCCUCAAAAUAUUACCAUGUAUGAGUGAACACCCUCUUCCCUCAGAGCCACGCAGCCCUGGAGAGUACAUUAACAUAGAUUUUAGCAGUGUUAACCACAACACAUCGGCAACCACAGAGUCAAAGAACUCUGAGUCCUCAGUAAGUGCAGAGACGGGAUCCCGGUCAUUCUCAGGCUAUGCUAAUAUUGAUGUCAGCUCCCCUGUUCACCAGGAAUCACACCAAACUAUCUGUACAGACACAGCUGAACUCUUGACUUGCAAUAGUCUGAUUACCACUCAGCAGGAAACACAGGGAGUUGAGGAGGAGGAAGAAGAUAAAAGCACAGUGGAACAGGAAAAGGAGAGGGGUGUGGUAGAGGAGUAUCCUCUUCCACAGCAAGGAAGCCUGGAGUGUCAGCCUGAUCCGGUCAGUGAUGACUACACUGAGAUGACCUUUAGUCCGCCUGCUCCUUUACCUGCUCUAUGCACAACUAAUGCCACUCCCCGCCCGACCAGCCCUACUGCUUGUGUCCAGCGACUCAGCCUUGAGACCAGCCUAGUGGACGUAGUGCCCCCUGUGCCAGUGGACUCUUUUCUCCAGGGAAGUCCUUCAUUAUCUGUCACAGUUGUGGAUCCACACAGGGGAGCUAAAGUUAUCCGGGCUGACCCUCAUGGGCGUCGUCGUCACAGUUCUGAGACCUUCUCUUCCACCACCACUGUCACCCCCGUGUGCCCAUCCUUUGCCCACGACACUAAACGGCACAGUUCUGCCUCUGUGGAGAAUGUAUCUCGCACUGUUCGCAGCUCUGAAGGACUUGGUGAGGACUACAGCAGUCCCAUGUGCAGGGAAACAUCAGCUGGUUAUCAAAAUGGACUUAACUACAUUGCCUUAAACUUGAUGGAGGGAAACCUUGGGGGAUGCAGGUUAGGGGGCUGUGAUGAACUCCUGAGGUUCAAGACAGCUUGUGGCUGCAAGGGGGGCCUGAAUUGUUUCAACACUAACCCCUAUGCCAGCCUGGGAUUUAAGGAGACUACUGCUGCUGCUGUGAAAGAAUGAAGGCUGAUGGGUCUUCCCAACUUGCCCCCCUCCCCUUCUUCUUCCUGUGAAUGUAGGAUUUCACUUCAGCCAGAUGCCGAGGUCAUCACAGCAACAGCUGGACCUUGCGCCGUAGCCGAUGUCCUUUGACCCCUUUGCCGCCUCUGGGGGGUCACGGGGACGGCCAUCACCAUGGAAACACGGACUCUUGACCCUCCCUCUUUUUUUUUUUCUUUUUUUUUGUGGCACCUAAACAUUUUGGUGCCAUCGCUGCUGUAGUGCUAGAGUUUAAAAAGAAAAUAAUAAGAACUUAAACCGACUUUUCAUUCUAAGCAUAGUUAGGUAACUAUGUAUCUCUGUACGAAUAUUACAUUCAUUACUGGUAUUUUUUAUUACCAAUUAUAAAUUUUCAUCUGGCCUUCUAAUGGCUUCAACCAGUAGUUGCCAGAUAUUCACACCUGAAAACCUGUGAACCAAACCUGGAGAGCAUGCGUGCACAAACAUACACGCGAAACCUUUCAUGCAUACAGAUGACAUGUAUUUAUUUAUUUAUCAUGUAUGUACGCAUUCAAUGACAUGUGUGAGAAUUUGUAUACAGAUUGUACUGCAAAAAGAGACGGCAUUUAUGAACAUAUUUAAAAUCAAAAGUAACAUUUGCUAAAAAAAAAAAAAAAAAACCCUACCUCAGCACCAA